AUGAGCCAACUACCGUCCCGCCAACUGCCGGCCCGACAAAGGAGGUCUGCGAUUGAUGAGGCGAUCUACCUACUGGAAGGUGAAGGCAUUUCAUCGCCAGUAAGUUAUGGAAAAUAACGCUAGCAUACCUUUCAGGAGCCGCAGGUGGACGCCAAUGAUUCAUUCGACACCAUCCCCCUCGGUGACGACACGUUAACCACAGUGCCGAAAGCCAAUGCGCAGGAAGAUAUCCUGUUGCUCAUGUGCAAGCACAUGCGUGAACAGUCAAUGAAACUAGACAUUCUGGUGGAGACUGUUCGCAAAUUACUCGGCCGUCAGCGGCUGUUAGAAUCAAUGAUUCAACAGCAUGCUAAAACCUCGGGACCGGUAGCUUCUCAGCUGCCGAGGAACCCGCUCGACCACCCAUUACGGUCUGGAGCCGAAUUUCGGCAUUUGAAUGUCCAAUUACAGGACAAGAGCUUCCGACAGGAGCUGGUAAGCCACCAUAUUAAUCACACCCUAUUGCUUCAGACCUCCUUCCUUACAUGCCUUGGCGGGCAGAAUCUUGACGAAUUCGUCAAGCGAAUUUUUUUCGCAGUGUUCGACGACGAGAUUAGCCUUUACGUAAAUUUCAAAGGCAGGAAGACGAAAGACAGCCUCUGCGGUUCUAAACUGUAUGAGGUUAUACUUGGUAGGUCUGCCGUUACUUACAACUAUACAACAUACAGAAGUCUUCGGAGCGUGGAAUACUGAUUCCACCGUAAAAUUGUCUGACCUAGAGUCAGCACUUACGAAGCGCCUGAAGAGGUCGCUGGACAGUUGUGUCCAGCGGCGGAAUAAGUCACAAGUGACGUCCAAUGACAGUGGUAAAUUAAUUGUAGUUUUCCAGUAAUUGAUUUUAAUUUCUAGACAAUACACAAGGACCAUCUACUGAUUCCUCGCCUGCGUUACCUUUGUGA